UCUGUACAAGGACGUCAUGAUGGAGGAUCACUGGCCUCUCACAUCAGCAGUUAAAUCCAGUAAGAUGACAACACCGGAGAGAUAUCCCACUCCUCUUCUUCCACAGGAUGGUUCAGAAGAACAUCACAAUGUCCCACGGGAUGAUGAUCAGCUUGUGAAUCCGGAUGAAGAUCUGAACAUUAUAUAUGUUACAGAGACAUAUGAGAGGGGUGAUGAGCAUAUUAGAAAGGAUAUUCCUACAGAAAUCCACCCAGAUGACUGUAACAGUAGCUCAGAAGAACAUCUGGUGUCUUCACAUUUUAAAGCAGAUGAUCAUGUUGUCACACAAGAUACCUAUGAAAAACAUGCCAUUAUCACAGAUGUACCCUCUGACAUUCACAGCAAAAAUCCAUCAUAUGAUGCUAUGAAACACGUGGAGGAGAAGCCAUUUUCAUGUUCAUAUUGUGGGAAAUGUUUUAAACAGAAAUCAGAUCUUGUUAUACAUCAGAGAUGCCACACUUGGUUGAUGCUAUUUACAUGUACAGAAUGUAAUAAAUGUUUUAAUCAGAAAUCAGAUCUUGUUAGACAUCAGAGAAUUCACACAGGAGAAAAGCCAUUUUCAUGCCCAGAAUGUGGGAAAUGUUUUACUCAAAAAUCAAGUCUUGAUUACCAUCAGAGAACUCACACAGGAGAGAAGCCAUUUUCAUGUUCAGAAUGUGGGAAAUGUUUUACUGCGAAAUCAGAUUUUGUUAGACAUCAGAGGAGUCAUACAGGGGAGAAGCCAUAUUCAUGUUCAGAAUGUGGGAAAUGUUUUAGAAACAGAUCACAUCUUUUGAAACAUAGGCAUAUUCACACAGGGUUGAAACCACAUUCAUGUUCUGAAUGUAGGAAAUGUUUUACCCAAAAGUCAGCACUUGUUAUGCAUCAAAGAACUCACACAGGUGAGAAGCCAUUUUUAUGUUUAGAAUGUGAGAAAUGUUUUACUUCGAAAUCAGAUUUAGUUAGACAUCAGAAGAUUCACACAGGGGAGAAGCCAUAUUCAUGUUAUGAAUGUAGGAAAUGUUUUACCCAGAAGUCAGCGCUUGUUACGCACCAAAGAACUCACACAGGGGAGAAGCCAUUUUUAUGUUUAGAAUGUAGGAAAUGUUUUACUUCGAAAUCAGAUUUAGUUAGACAUCAGAAGAUUCACACAGGGGAGAAGCCAUAUUCAUGUUCUUAAUGCAGGAAAUGUUUUAACUGGAAGUAACAUUUUGUUAGACCAAGAGAAUGUAAACAAGGGAAAAGCCAUUUUUAUGUCCCGAAUGUUGGAAAUGUUUACCCCACAAUUAGCAUCUUUCUUGAUGUUUACAUCAAAGAACUCACACAAGGGAGAAGCCAUUUUCUUUCGUUAACUAAAAUCAUGUCACACAAGAGAAAGGGAAAUCAGUUAAGAUUCAUAAAUGAUUAUUAUGAAAUGUAUGUAAUUACCAAUCAAUGUAUAUU